ACGCUUGUUGUAGGUGGGAGGAGUAGCAAUUCGCCAUUCAAACUACUUUCGUAAACAAAAUUGUUUUUAAUCGGUGUAAUUAUGAAAGCUUUACGUUUUGUUGGGCUUUGAUUUAGUCGUUUAUUAUGGCGUACUGUCUUUUCAUGGACAUUAUAUUUCACUUUUAGCGCAGUGACUAAUCUGGGGAGUAGAUUUGGGAGACUCGGAGAAGAAGAAGCCAUUUUUUUUUCAAACUUGGCCGCUUUGGUGCUUCGUGGUAACAAGUCAAUUUAUCAGUCGCGUUUCCGUGUUUUGGUUUGUCUAACUCUCAGUAGAGAGUUUCUGCUGACCGAGAAAAUGAGUUUCGGCUGCCGACGGCAAGCAGACUGUUCCCCAAACCUUCGAGCGAUUCGCCAGAAACUGCAGUUUGCACACAGCGAUGGUGAAGAGGAUAGUAUUGAGGAGGCCAACAGCAGUACCGGGGCUGAGUCCGGUUUUAACGAGCUGGAUUCUCCGGUAUCUCUGCGGCGUAGCAGCGCAGAUAAGAGACCCGACGAGCUGAACAGCAGUCCUCUGAGCCGAACCAGGGAAGACGACGACCCCGAGUCUUGGGACGAGGAAGGUUUCGGCUCUCCGUCUCACCUCAAAGUGAGCUUUUGUGUGAAAAACUCUCCAUCGCCGAGAAAAAGUCCUCGCGCCUACGACAGUUCACCGGAGAGGACGUGUAUUCAGGACGAUGUGGAGGGCUCGAGCUCUCCCAUUCCUGACUGUCCUGAUACACCACCCCAUAAAACCUUCAGAAAACUGCGACUGUUCGAUACUCCACACACCCCAAAGAGUUUGCUGUCAAGAGCAAGGACUUCGGCUUCUACAAGCAGGAGAGUCGCGCUUUUCAAGAAUGUGGAUUCCAAAGGAAAGGCAAGUCUCGACGGAAGGCGAAACCAAACACCUCUGGUCAACAUUAACCCCUUCACCCCGGACUCAGUGGUCGUCCAGUCAUCAACUCAACAAAGAAACAAUAGAAAGCGCUCUCAUUGGAAUGACUCCUGUGGAGAGGACAUGGAGGCAAGUGAUGCUGAGAUUGAGGAUGACGUUAUUCCACCUUCAAAGAGAAUUACAAUGAUGGAGAGUAACAUGAUGUCCAGAUAUGCAUCAGAGUUCCAUGAACUAGAGAAGAUUGGUUCUGGACAGUUUGGCUCUGUGUACAAAUGUGUGAAAAGACUAGAUGGCUGCAUCUAUGCAAUCAAGCGUUCCAAGAAGCCUUUGGCAGGGUCUGUGGAUGAGCAAAAUGCACUUCGUGAGGUUUAUGCACAUGCAGUUCUUGGACAGCACCCUCAUGUAGUGAGAUAUUAUUCUGCCUGGGCCGAGGACGACCACAUGCUGAUCCAGAAUGAGUACUGCAAUGGUGGCACCUUGUCUGAUGUUAUUGCUGAGAACUACAGACGUUUGCACUUUCUGUCUGAGCUGGAACUGAAGGACUUGUUGCUGCAGGUCUCCCGCGGGCUCAAGUACAUCCACUCGACAGCGCUUGUGCACAUGGACAUUAAGCCAAGUAACAUAUUUAUUUCAAGGAAGUCUGCAGUGAACGUUGAGGAGUUUGAAGAUGAGGAGGAUGGGCCCAGCACUAAUGUGAUAUACAAAAUCGGUGACCUAGGCCAUGUGACUAGGGUGACUAAUCCACAAGUUGAGGAGGGUGACAGUAGAUACCUGGCUAAUGAAGUUCUUCAGGAGGACUAUAGUAACCUGACAAAGGCAGACAUCUUUGCUUUGGCUUUGACUGUUGUCAGUGCAUGUGGAGCUGAGCCUCUACCAACCAAUGGGGAACAAUGGCACAAAAUCCGACAGGGAAUUCUACCCCAUAUCCCACAAGUGCUUUCUCAAGAAUUUUUAAGCCUGUUAAAGCUUAUGAUUCAUCCUGACCCCACACGCCGGCCAUCGACCUCUGAUCUCAUCAGACACCCUGUUCUGCUUACCGCCUCCAGGAUGAAUGCUGAUCAGUUGCGUGUGGAACUUAAUGCAGAGAGAUUCAAAAACGCCCUGCUCCAAAAGGAGCUGAAAAAAGCCCAGCUUGCCAAAGCUGCAGCAGAGGAGAGAAUUUUGUCCACAGACAGAGUCCUGACACGUUCCACAAUCCAGUCUAGUUCCAGAAACUCUCGGCUUAUUGGGAAGAAGAUGAACCGCUCUCUCAGCCUCACCAUUUACUGAACUGAACCUCGAAUUAAAUAUUUUGACAAAGAAGAGUUUCCCCCAGAGGGAGGAACACUGGUGCUGUAUCACAGAUUUCACAUGGAGUUUUUUUUUUUUUUUUUUUGGGUGUGUGUCUAUUACUGUUUGGACAGCUUCCAUUGUCUCAUGACUGUUCGUGCUUACACUGUCCUGAUAGAAGUGAGAUGGUUUUGAAUGGAAGAAAACCACACUUUCCUAGCAACUGAUAAUAUCAGUUAAAACAUCUGUCAGUUUGUACUGGCCAUGGACUGCUUUUUAUUGCAUGGUCCGGUUCCUUUUGCAGAAUUUGUUUUGCAUGCAUUUCAUGUGUAGAUAUUUCUUAAGGUAGAGAACUUCCUUGUUGUUUUUUCCUUAUUCCUUCUCCAACUUCCAAAGAGGGAGGUCUGCAUGUUGGUCAUAGACAUGGGGCAUCUAUGAACCCCUGUAGAGACCUGAUUUGUGAAUGUUCCAGACCUAAGAGUUGUGCACCUUACUGCCUGUAAAAUGCCUUAUGUUGAGCAAUGAAGGUUGGGCCCUAUGUGUCGAUUACCGUUAAACUGAGCACUUUGGAGGCAAUGGGGAACUCGCCAGAAAGCCUGCUGCUAUUCAUGUUUGUCCAUUUUCCAGUUGUGGUUGGGAAAUAUGAUCUACAUUUUUAUCAUUUCUUCCCCCCCCUCCUCAAUCAUUGAUCUCUUUUGUUAUACAGCAAUUUCAAAAUAAUUUCCUUUGAGGUUAUGUACAGUUCUGUACAGAAAUAACAUGUAUGCAUUUGGUUUUUCAUGUAGAAAAGGUAUAGAAUUGAUCAUGUGUACAUGGGAUUUGGUUACAUUUAGAAACUGCAACUUAAGCUAAAUUUCAUAUCCCCAGUAAAAUAUUUGCAUAGACUUCAACAGGACUUCAACUUCAGUCUCAAGCCUGUUUGUAGCAUUAAAACAAUAGCAUCCUUUUUAUUUUAUUUUUUUAACUGUUAUGUUAUCCGUUAACAAGUCAUUUUAUUUUCUGUAUUGCCACUCUACUGUUAUUAGGAUACUCUUUGGUUUCCCACUUAGAUCUUGUACCAUAGAACAACGGCUUAUUUUUUGUAAAUAUGUUCUUUUUAAUAAACUAGAUCAACACA